AUGAAGCUCAUUUAUAAUGCUGUAGGAAUGUGUGGACUUCUCAGCCAGCACUUCCUGUCCUCCUUGUGUUCUUCAGAGUCUAUCCCAGAUCUACUCACAGCUGUGAAGAUCCUGGCCGGCUCUACAGUUGAGAUAGCAGCAGCUUCUGUUGGUGAGACGAGUCUGGUGAAAGCUGUCCAGAAAGUAGAGGAAGAUGGAAAAGGUUUGGAUUUCACACUGGAGGUGGUAGAGCCAGAAAUCCUGGAAGCAACCACAGAGGAAGUAACUGAAGACACAGCCGUUGUAAUGAACAAGGAGCAGUUGAAGUCUGACACUGAUGCAGAAGAUGCAAAGGCUCCAGCUGCUGAAGAGGAGAUAUUUGUUCUUGCAGCAGCAGAGGAGGAGGAGGAGGAGAAAGAGAAAGAGGAGGAGAGGGCAGCUGCAACUCUUCCAGAGGAACCGACAGCCUCCGCCCUGACAGUGGAGGAGGUGGGUGAGGCCGAGGUUGAAGAUCAGACUCCGGUCCCUGGAGUUGCUCCAGAGGAGUCUAUCUCCUCUGCAGUGGCCUCGCCUGAAGACUCUGCUCCUGCUGAGGAAACCACAGCAUCUGAGGAGGACACCAUCAUUGCUGAAGCAACACUGGCUGCUGAGACAUCAGUGGAGGAGGCAGCAGCCGCUGAUGCUUCAGCAGAGGAGACUGCUGAAGCUGCAGCAGUUGUGGACUCAAUUCAGCUGGCAGCAGCCUCCUCUGGGUCAGAGCUGGAGCUCCUUUCAACUGCAGAACCAGAAUCUACAUCAGAGGUUCCAGUACAUGAGGGCAAGCACUGCCACUCUUCUGUUUCAUCAACAGCAGAGGAGGUGGCGCCACCUGUUGAUUUGGGAGGGCAGCUGGAGAAUGAAGGAGCUGUGGAUAUGACACAUGAGGCCAAGGAAGCAUUAUCACUGGUGCAAGGACAAAAGCCAAAGAUGUCUGUCUGGACUGUAAAAAGCUGCUCAGUGAUGUAGUAGUACAGUUAAGAAGCCACAGGGACGAUGGUGUUGGUAACAACCCAGUCAUGAAAUGACAGAUCGUGUGCCUUCCACAACACUCACUUAUCUGUCAGCCAAGCCAGGAUGACCGAUGAGAUCAGUAUGAGGAGAAGUAGCCACAAGUAUAACUAGUUAAUGUGUCCUUUAUUACAUUUUUUUAAAUCUGCUCAAUGUCAACUAGAAAUUGUGGAAUGAUUCCCACUACGUCUCUUGUCCUCUAGGUGCCACUGUUGCAAAGCUUUCCAUGUUCAGUUGAACUAAACAGCAUUUCAAGAGCAGAACUGAACGUUUCUUAAAAGGCAGUGGGAGUGGUUUGUUGUUACAGUAAUGUUGUGAUAGAUUCCAAACUUCCAAACAGCCUACAUCAUUUUUCCAUUCAUCAGCUAAUACUGUAACAGCAUGGACAGGCACAUUUAGUACAAAUGCAGGUACAAGCAGUGUUUUAAGACCACUGCACUUUUAUUGUAUUGCUACUUUGAAAGAGGUGCCCUCCUAGAAGAAAACAAAACAAAUAUUGACACAGUACAGUUCACAUUAGUGCUGCACAGUAUAUUAAUAUUAUAUCAAGGCUGUGAUAGAUAUUAUCUUGACUUCGACUACAUUGUAUUAUGGCAGUGUGUU